ACAUAUCUGCUGCCUCUCGUACCGAAAAUCCCAUCAACAAUUCACAUCGCGCCGUUCUCUUCUUGUCGCAAUGCCCUGCGAGGUCAUGGCCGCUCGCGUGCGGAGGUGCUGCCCUAAUUUCACGUUCGUCGACGCCGCCCGAUCCCUUGUCGUCGAUGGCACCGACCUCAGUCACUACGUCGCCGUCGACGAGGCCUGGAUUCGUAUACAGGACGAGGCGCGGAGCGACGCCGAGGAGGAGCCUCUCCUGCUCAAGUUCUACUGCGACCUCGUGCUCGCCCACCCCACCCUCGAGUCCGCCCUCGCCGCGCACCUCGCAGCCAAGCUCGCCAUCCCCGACCUCCUCCCCCACGCGGCCGUACACGAUCUGCUCAUCUCCGCCUUCUGUAGCGACGGCGAGAUCCGCCGCGCCGUCCGCGCCGACCUCCGCGCAGCGGUCGACCGCGACCCGGCCUGCGCUAAGAUGGUCCACUGCUUCCUCUACUACAAGGGCUUCCUCGCACUGCAGACCCACCGCGCGGCGCACCGUCUCUGGGCAGAGGGCCGCCGCGCGGCGGCGCUCCUCCUGCAGAGCCGCUCCUCGGAGGUCUUCGCGGUCGACAUCCACCCGGCCGCCAGAAUCGGCGCCGGGGUGCUGCUGGACCACGCCACCGGAGUGGUCGUCGGCGAGACGGCCGUGGUGGGGGACGACACCUCCAUCCUGCACGGCGUCACGCUCGGAGGAACAGGGAAGGUGGGCGGUGAUCGCCACCCGAAGAUCGGCGACGGGGUACUCGUCGGCGCCGGGACGCAAAUCCUGGGCAACGUAACGAUCGGGGAAGGGGCAAAAAUCGGGGCCGGGUCGGUGGUGCUGAAGGCGGUGCCUCCGAGGACGACGGCGGUGGGGAACCCAGCGAGACUCAUCGGCGAGAAAGAGAACCCGGUGCGGCUGGAGAAGAUGGCAGGGUUAACCAUGGACCACACCUCGUGGUCUAACCAUGAUCGCAUCUGAGAAAUUUAAAUAGCAACAACGUAAUCGUAUCGAUCGAUCGAAAUAUACAGUUUUAUUUCUCUGUAUUCAAUCCUAUUUGGCUCAGUGAGGAGCUCAAUUUGCUUUGAGCCUUCUCUUUGGCAUAUGAGAAGAAUCUAAUUCCUCAAUAAUUUAAAUACUUUUAUUUUUUUGGUUUA